ACGAGCCGUCAGUAGUCUUCCGUCUCCCGACCGUUCCGUCUCGCGCGCGUCUGUCCACUGCACGCCCGGCCCGUUGUCGCCGCCACCGCCGCCGCCGCCGCUCGCGUAAUAUACCUAGGUACGCGAUAUUAUUGUAAUAACAAUAUAUAUCGCGCGGCGAAUAUAUACAGCGGUAACGGUAGGUGCAGUUUGCCAGGUAUAUAACACACCGUGUAUUUUGUUACUGCUACCGCGUUUACUGCAGUCCGCCGCAGUGAUGCUGCACGGCCGUGCCGCCGGACGACCGCCCAGCGCCGCCCUGCAGAGACGGAGGUAGAGCCGCGCCGAAGACCGCCACUACUAUUUAUUUUAUGAUAUAAUUCAUAAUAUAUAGGAUAUAGAUAAUAAAGGUGACACCUCCAUACCCGAAAUCGCAUGUGUAGGGACGACGGACGCAAAGACGACUACGACAAACGUAUACGUUAGGUGUAUAUGUAAUAUUAUAUAGUAUGUGGCGUCUACUGUUGAUGGGAACUCUGCUGCAGUCGACCCGAAUAGUCGUCCAGUGCAGGAACAUCAAUCUGAUAUUGCCCAGCGUGCCGGACGUUUUACAUCCUCCGGUGCCGUCCUCCCAAGCCGGAUAUAAUAUAAGAGGAGAUGAUGUGGAUGGUCUCCAGUUUGAGGAGGACAUCGAUCCGGAGGUAAGACCGGGCCUUUUUCAAGGAGACAUGGCGAUGAAUAACGAGAUUUUUGAUUAUUGGCGAGUAGGCCUGCGAUGGGAUAUUUUCCCGGAGAAACUCUGGCUCAACCGUACCGUGCCAUAUUUGAUCAGUCCGCUUUACGAAACCGAACACCGGAUUCUAAUAUACCAAGCAAUCAGGACGAUCAACUUUCUGACUUGCAUCAAAUUCGUGCCAUGGACCGGAAAAGAAAAGGAUUAUUUGCUGAUAUGGCCAGUGAAAUAUCCUUCUGGGUGUUGGUCGUACGUGGGCCGUUACGGGGGACCGCAAGUUGUGUCUCUGCAGCCACCGGACGAAACAGGAGCUAAUUGCUUAGGUACCGACGGACGACCUAUUCACGAAUUAUUACACGCCCUAGGCGUUUUCCACGAGCAAUCCAGAUCCGACCGUGAUAAAUUUGUUAAGAUAAAUUUUGAAAACGUCAUACCACAAUAUCGUUCUAAUUUUGAUAAGCAAAGUUUGAAAAACACCACUUACCAGUUUGAAUACGAUUAUGACAGUGUCAUGCACUAUGGCAAAAAUUUUUUCAGUAUUGCCAAAGGAAAACAAACCAUUGUACCGAAGAUGGAAGGUAAAACGAUCGGUCAGAGAAAAAUGAUGAGCAAAACAGACUGUUUGAAAAUAAACGAUUUGUACGGAUGUCUAGGGACACCGCCAAAUUACAAUUAUAAAUACUAUACAUUAUGUAAUUAUAUGGGUCUUUAAUUAGCAAUCGUUUUAAAAAACAAGACAAAUAAAUGUUAAGAAAAAUUGUACAUUAUUUGGUAAUAUAUUUCCUAACUACAUUUCUAAAAUAAAUGGUAAUCAAAUUGGUUUAUA